CUGGAUCAGUUUAUAGUGAAACGCUAUGAUGGGAAGACAGAGAAGCUAUCCCAGGAGCGAGAGAAGUUUGCUGAUGAAGACAGCAUAUUUUAUGCGCUUGGCGAGUGUGGACUCAUUUCUUUUUCCGACUACAUCUUCCUCACGACCGUCCUUUCCACUCCCCAGAGGAAUUUUGAAAUUGCCUUUAAGAUGUUUGAUCUGAAUGGUGAUGGCGAGGUGGACAUGGAAGAGUUUGAGCAGGUCCAGAGCAUCAUUCGCUCUCAAACCAGCAUGGGCAUGCGCCACAGAGACCGGUCUACAACGGGGAACACCUUGAAAACUGGCUUCAACUCUGCACUGACGACGUACUUCUUUGGGGCAGAUCUGAAGGGGAAGCUGACCAUCUCCCACUUCCUCGACUUCCAGCGCAAACUGCAGCACGAUAUUCUGAAGCUUGAGUUUGAGCGGCACGACCCCGUGGAGGGGCGGAUCACGGAGCGGCAGUUCGGCAGCAUGCUGCUGGCCUACAGCGGGGUGCAGUCCAAGAAGCUCACCGUCAUGCUGAAGCAGCUCAAGAAGCACUUCCAGGAUGGAGAG